CGGCACCUGAUCCUGUGCGAUAAGAUCCUUCCGUCGUGCGACUACCCUCGUCCAUUGUACGGCCGUGUCGCUUAUGGCAACACUGAAGCUAUCAGCCAUGACGUCCUGUAUAGGCGCCUGUGCUGUAGGGUGUAAACCUAGCUUGAACCUAAUCGAUAAAUCUUAUGCUAAUCGUGUUUUCAUGAGGUGUACACGGCUGUUUCUUACCGCUGUUUAUAUGGCCAGUUGAACAAGGAUUUGUCUUCCAGUGUGUGUUCGAACUUUAACUGGAGUUGUAUAUACUUGUAUGCGGUAUGAAUAGUCGAUUGUUUUAGGUAUUGAUCAGUGUCUUCAUAUUGUAUGUAGUUUAGUGAAUAUCAGGUAUACGUUAUAAUAUUGUUUCAAGAGAUAAGUUUAGAUUUGUGUCUAUAAGGAAAGUGGUUUGGUUUUGUUUUAACACGAUCUGUACUACUUGUACUUUUACUGGUAGAUGUGUUUACUGCCGAACUGUGCCACGAUUUUACGGUCCAUUGUUCGUGUGUUGGCCAUAAAGAUCGAAUGACCCAGCGUUUCAAUGUGGAUUAGGUCCAGCAGUUUUGUUGUUGUUCAGACAUGAUGGAAGAGGUUCAGAGUUACUACGAUAGCAGCAGAGCUCUACGGGAUGUGUAUCGGGGUCGGCCGCCCCCUCGGACCGAGGAGCGCCUGACGGACGCCCGUGAGUACACCGAGAGGAGGUCCCGCAGCCCGGGGGGCUCACCCAACAGGUCACUGGACUCUGAGCAGCGCGUGCCCAGUCCCAAGCGGGUCACUUGGAAGGACCCGGUGGAGCAGCAGAAGUCACAGAAUAAUGACUACCUAGUGAAGUGUAGAGAGCUGGAAAGGGAGCUAAGAAGUUUGUCUGUUGAGAAGACAAGAGCAGAGACUCUUAUUGAGGAUCUCCAGUCUCGCUUGUCUCGCGUGGAAGAGUCUAGCACACAACUCAGGGGACAGAACUCUAACCUCAACUAUGAUAUUGACCAACUUAUAUCAGUCAUUAGAACAGCAAGGCUGUCUGGCAAGUGGGAGAUUGACCGUGUCAGAUUCCGUGAGCUCACAACAGACCAGGUGUUUGGGUCCAUACAUGAAACAUAUUCCAAAUCCAGGUUGGCAGAUGGGGACAACAGUGACUUAAAAGACUUGAUUAGACAACGGGAUGACAGGAUUGAUGCCUUAGAGCGUGAGUUAAGGACACUCCGUCUGGAUGGGAAACCAGCUGUUGUUCCAGACCAAGUUUCUGAGUCCACUGACUUAUCAAGUGUGAAAACAGAUCUGAGAAAGCUGGAACAAAGAGUGGAAGAUUUGAACUAUGAGAUUCAGUCCAGAGACCGCAAGAUCUCAGGUUUAACCUCACAGAUCAAAGACCUGCAGUCAGAGCUCAACAUUAAAGACUCUGAGAACAACAACUCCCUGCAGACCAUCAAGCUCUUGCAGGACAAGAGUCGGCAGUCUGCUGCAGAGACAUCUAAACUAGAGGAGGUGAUUCGCCAGCUCAAGUCUGACAUGGUUGCCUUCAAGGACCAGCACUCUCAAUCAUCUCAUAAUGUUUCGCAUUAUGAGCGGAGAAUAAGGGCACUGGAGGCAGAGCUUGCUGAGGCUAAAGAACACAGGAGAAAAAAUCUUGAUGAGAUUGGAGCCCUCCAAGAGAGACUUCGUGAAGGUAGCCUUUCGACACACGACCAUCACGAAGUCCUCAAAUCAGAACUGACUCGCCGUGACGAAACAAUACAAAAACUCAGGAGGGAUGUUCUCAAUCUGCAGGAGAAAAGAGACAAUACUUUAUCUGAGUAUCAAGCAGCUGUUCAUAGACUUUCUAAAGUAGAUCAACAUGUAUGCCGGGUGCAGGAGGAGAUCCAUCGCAUGGAGAAGAAAAACAAAGCCCUGGAGGAUGAAGUCAGCCAUGUCAGGUCACAACUCAGUGAAGCAGAUAAUGAGGCCAAAUGUGCUAACAAAAAAGUUGUAAGAUUGGAAGGAGAAAUGCAGGCACUCAGGGGACAGAAUGAAGAGUUUCAAGGGCAGGUGACCAAACUGACUAAAAGUUUACAGAGACUACAGAGCUCAUCUAAAGACACCAGGGACACUUUGACUACUGAGAUGACAGACCUGCAGGACACGAUUCUAAAGCUGAGGAAUGAGAAUCGUGAUGCUGAGGAGAAGUUGCGUGAAGCUCUUAGCACAGCCCAGGCCAGGAGUGACCAGAUCAAACAGCUGAAAGAGGAAAUCAAGAUGGCCACUGUCAAGACUCAAGAAACCCAGCUAAAAAUAGAUCAGGCAGACAUAGACCAUCAACAGCUGCAGACGAGAUAUUCAGUGCAAGCCAAGGAGAUUGACAGGCUACAGACAGAGCUACAAGAGAAGGACCUGCUGACCUCACAGAAUGAAACUCUAUACAGGUCAGAGGUCGCAGACAGAGAGGAAGAAAUUUCUAGACUGAAGGCAGAUCUCAACGUCAUGCAUGAAAAAAUGGCUCAGUCUGAAGGACAGCUGAUCUCCCGUGAGGAACAUAUAUCUCGUCUACAAGGGCAGAUCCGUGAAUUGAUGGGGGAGGGGAGCAGAAAGGAGGAAGAGCUUCAGAGACUGGAGGCAGAGCUUCACUCAAUUGAUGGUGAUAGGAAGAGGCUGGAAGAUGUGAUUCAGCGCAGGGAAAUCAGCAUGCAGCAGUUGGAGCAUGACUUGGACUUGGCCAAGGAAAAAUACAAAGAUGCUGUGGAAGAAAAUGGCAGGCUGGAGGCAAGAAUUCAGGCCUUUGCCAUCAAUGCCCAGAGUGAACAAGACGUACUAAGCACUGAGGUGAAACGCAGGGAAGAAGCAAUCAAGCGUCUCAAAAUGGAUAUUGUGAAAUUGCAGGAAGUAUGCAGCAGAUACGAAGAAAAGGCUUCUCAAGCUGAGAGGGAAGCAGAGCAGUUAAAGACACAGCUUAGAUCUUCUCAGAAUGAGAACGAGGUGAAAAGAGCUGCUAUCAAAAGCCUGGAGACAAGUGUGGAGGAACUCAAAGAUCGCCAAGGGAAACAACUGGAUGAAAACAGCAGAUUAGAAGACAAGAUCAGAGAACUGACUGUAUCUAUUGCAACUCUGGAGGCCCAGUGUGAAAAAUUUAAACAUAUAAUUGAUUCAAAAGAAGAUAUAAUAGCCCAGCUCCGAUGUGAUGUUGAGUCUUUAAGUCGUCAGCAGAAGGAAGCUGUCAGUAAAGUUCUAGUGCGGGAUGAAAGCAUUCAGAAACUGAAUGUGGAGAUUGGCAAGCUCAAGGCUAAGAGCCAGGAGAAGACUAAAGAGCUCAUCGAGUGUACCAAUGAGAUUGCCAAACAAUCAGAGCUGAUAAAGAAGCUCCAGGGCACGUUGACCCAGUGUCACCAUGAACUCGAUGACCUUCGCAGACGAGGAGAAGAAGAUCUUGUGCGCUAUGAGGAGAAGAUCAAACACCUACAAGAGGACCUCUUGGAGUCACAGAGCCAGCACUCUGCCUGCUACAACGAGCUGGUUAAAGUGGAAGAAGAGCUGGAGCAGCUAAAGGGAGAACACUCCCAGCUGAACAAAGUGUCCCAGGCUGCUAGUCAAAAAGUGACUGUCCUCCAGGACCAGAUACAUCAGCUGGAGCUUGACCUGACGAUCACACAGGAGAAACACAGGACAUGUCAGAAGGAGGUAUCAAAUCGCGACCAGGUGAUUCUUAGAUUGCAGUCUGACCUUGACACAGCUCAGCAGAAUUAUUCUGGCAGCAUGGAAGAGCUAAAAAUAAAUGAAGGGGAGAUGAAGAGGAUGUCGGCCAGACUGAAACAGCUGCAACAAGAGAUCAGAGAAAACAACGAUCUCAUUGACCACAAAAGUAACCAGGUUGCUGAAUAUGAGAAAAAAAUACAAGAGCUACAGCAUGAUGAAGAGAUGGCUCUGCAAGAGGCCAAGAACUACCUGCGCAUGAUAGAGCAGCUCAAGUCUGACCUGCAAGUGACCAAGAACACGUCGUCAGCUGAGCAUGCAAGGCUGCUGGAGGAUCUGGAGAAUGCCAGGGAGGAUCUGCAGCUCACGGCCAAUGAGCUGUCAGAGUUCAAAAGGUCAAAUGCUGAGCUGAAGGCUACGAUAGCCGGACUGAACGACGACCUGACCCGCUACAAGAACCUCCAGGAUGAGAGUGCUAACGAUAUUCGAAGACAAAAUGAAGCCUUGAAACAGCAGGAGGGCGUGCUGUCAGAGACACGACAGCAGCUGGUCAUCACACAGAGCCAGCUGGAGGCUGCCAAUGAGGAGAUUGAGAAGCUGGACACUGCCCUCAGCAACUAUAAACAGAAAUACUCCCAGGCCAGUAACCAGAUCAGCCAUCUUGAAACCACAGCUGCCUCCCUGCAGGAGAAGCUGACAGAGAGCAGAAGUAGGGAGCUGGACAAGGAAGCCGUGAUAGAACAACAAAAGUCUGACCUGGAGGGCUUGGAUCGUGCCUUUAGUGAGAGCAAGGAGGAGGUGGGUAGGUGUGAGGAGAUGAUACAUCAGCUGACCAAGGAGCUGGAGAACACACAGAAUGAACUAAGGUCUGCCUACGGGCGCAUCAAGGAGGUGGAGGAGGCUAACAGGGACUUGAAGGAGAGGGUACAGGAAGUUCAGCAUCAGUCUCUCCAAAAUGAAGAGAGGGCUCAGGACUAUGAAAACAAGCUUUUGACUUAUCAGAAUGAGCAUAGUCACAGUGACAGAGAGUUUGCUGAUAAAGAGGAUCACAUAGCCAACCUUGAAUACCAGCUGGAAGAGUCUCACGCAGAUGGAGAAACCAAGCAGAGGGUUAUUGAGGAGCUGAAGACUGACCUCAGCAUAUGCCAGUCUGAUCUACAGCAAACCAAAGAUGACAGGACCACUGUGCUAAAGGAGAUUGAAAAACUGGAACAAAACCUGCAGCAGCUCCAGCUAAACUUGGCCUCAGCACACCAGCGCCAUAAGAGUGAGGCCUGCCGUUAUGAGGAACAGAUAGCCACAUUGGAGAGACAGCUGGGUCAGACACAGGGAGAGCUGCAGAAUGCUGAGCACACUGUCAACAGCAAGGAGGAGCAGAUCAAACGUAACGAGGCAGAGAUUGCCAACUGUAGGGAUGACAUCCGCAGUAAGGUGGAAGAGAUAGAGAAACUGGAGAGUUCAAUCCAUGAGGUCAAGUCAGAACUGAACCAGGUCCACGCCCAUAACAAACAGCUGGAAACAAGCAUAGCUGAGAUGAAAGUAACUGGUGAAAAUUUGAAACAAGAUUUGAAUGAAGCAAGAACUCAGUACAAGGAAUGUGCACAGGAGCUGGCCCACCAUGAAGAAAAGCUGAACCUGAUGGAGCAGAGUCUACAGUCCACACAGGACCAGCUCAGCCAGAGGGUGACAGAAGUUGUCAAACAUGAGCACAACAUUAGGAAACUUCAGGCUGAGCUGAAGGCCACCAAAGAGAGGGCAGCAAACUACGAGGAGGAGAUGGAUGAGCAAAAGACUGUCAUUGACAAGCUGCGCAAGGACCUCAUGACAGCAAAAGAGGAGUAUCACGCCUCCGUACAGGAGGGCGUGGCCUAUAAGCAGCAGGCUUACAAGCUGGAUCUGGAACUUUCUGGCGCGAGGGAGCAAGAGAAAAUGUUGUCUGACCAGGUGGAGCAGCAGGAGCAGAUUCUGGUCCAGCUUCAGACAGAGCUAAGAGCUGAGAGAGAAAGACACUCAGAGACAGCCAGACAGCUGAAUGGCAGCAAGAAAGUCAGCCAAGAGCUGCAGGCUGACCUUGAGGCCUUGCAGAAACAGAUCAGGGAGUUCCAGGAGAGGGUGAAAGCAAGAGAAGAACAGAUUGCAAGACUCAGGCAUGAGAUAGAUGAGGCUCAAGCUAAGAACAGGGAGACAAGUGAGGUUCUGGCAGAGAGAGAAGGACAACUCCGCUUGGCCAACAUGAACCUGCAGUCAGCUCAGAAACAGGCUAGGCAUCACACACAGGAGAUCACCCGCUAUGAAGAUACACUGGCACAGUUACAGAAGGAACAAGAGAAGCUGCAGGAACAAUAUCGCAAGUCCAGUUCUGAUUUGAUGGAGGCAGAUGCCAAGAUCCAUGAGCUGAAAGUUCAGCUGACCACUGUCCAAGGGAACCACAAGGAAUCCAUGGAGCAACUGACAGAGAAAUCUCGCUUGCUAGCCACCAUCAAGACUGAGACGGCCAAACUUUCUCAGCAGAACAACUCAAUGAAGGAGGAGAUAAUGUUCUAUGAUGAAAAGUUAAGGAAGCUGCAGAAUGAGCUGAGAAAAACUCAAGAAAUCAAUAAAUCAACAGAUGAUGAGUUGCAACAUUUUGAAGAGCGCUACACCGCAUUGCAAGUAGAUCUAGUGACAAGCCAAGAGAAGCAAAAGCAAUCACUACAGGAACUUGCAGCUAAAGAAGAGGAGUAUGUGGUCCUUAAGGUGGAAUUCAGCAGCUUGCAAGAGAAAUACAAGGCUGCCAAUGAAGAGUCCAAUAAAUUAUUGAGUGAGCUGGAACUGAUGAAACAGAAUUAUCGCAGCGCCAAUGAAGAAAUCUCUGGCCUGAGGGCUGCCCUGGAGGAGUCACGGUCCAAUGGGGACAAGCUGCACAGGGAGAGCGAGCUGGUGGUCCACAACGUCAACACAUGGGUCCAGGAGCAAAAGGUGGCUAAUGAGAAGCUAGGGAACAAAAUCAGGGAGCAAAGUAAAGCCAUUAUGGUACUGUCAGCUGAGAAAGAAACUCUUCUAGAUCAGAUCACCAAACUUCAGAAGUCUUACAACAAAGUUAAAAUAGAAUUAGAAGAGAAAACAGUUGAAAGUGAAAAGUUUAGGGCCCUGCAGUCACACUCAGCGCAUCAACAAAUUAUUCUCAACCAGCUGAAGAGUCGGCUAGAAGAAAAUGAAGUGGAACAAGAUGAAGACAUGAAAACCAAAGAAGCGGCCAUAGAAGAUCUUCACAUUCGUCUCAAAUCCAACAUAGAAAAUAUUCAUAAGCUCAACCAGCAGCUUUCAAGUCUACAGAAGGAAAAUGUUAGUCUAAGAAGUGAGUUGGAACGAGAAAUAACUACAAGACAAAAUCUUGAGCUGCAGAUGCAGAGCAAAGAACAGCUGGUGGACAGCUUGCGGUCUCAGCUGGACACUAACAUUUACAAGAGGCUCAUUGAAAAAACUGACCAUUUCAAGGAUCCUGAGAAGCUAGCAAGAAUAGCAUUAAACAGUGCUGCUGAGGAUUCAAGUGUCCUUGACCCAAAUAGUUUGGACAAAACUUACUGGAUUCAAAGAGUUGGAGAGUUAUCAAUCCAGCUACAACAGAGUAGUGAAUAUUGGUCAGAUAAAGUGCGAGACUUAUCCAUGCAACUGGAAAAGGCUCGCUCAGCAAACAUCAUUACCAAAGUGCAUUAGGCUCAUGUAUUUUUAUGAUAAUGAAACUUAGAUGUUAUCUGAUGUAUUUUUCUUUUUAUAAAUAAUGUGUAAUUUAACUAUUUAUCUAGAAAAAAAUAUUGUUUUAACUCAUAUAAUUUUUUAACACAAAGUGGAAGACCAUUUAUUCUAGCAACUUAACUACUGUAUACAUGAAGUCUAGUCUUAAUAAUUAAGUUUAAGAAAUAUGUAAAUUUUUAAAAAUUUAUAUUAAAAUAAAUUAACUGGACAUAAGUAGAGUAGUAAGGAUGACAGCAAAUUAAAUUAACAUUAUUUGUACUGUGGAAGAGUUUGCAUCUGUGAUAAAUGUAGUUUUACUGUUGUAUAACUUUAAAUUUUUUAAAUGCAGCAAUUUUUGACUGCCAAGAUAUACUAUAAUGUCAUUUGUCUUUUAACUUCAUUAGUUUUUGUAUUGAUCCGUCCAUUACACAUACAUGUGUUAUUUUUUAAAAAAACAUUUUUUAUGUAUUGUAAAGGUUAUUGAAAAAAAUUUGCUUAUUACAAAUUCUGAACUCAGUAUUCCAUUUUUGUUUACACUUAUAUUUUAUCCGUCCAUACGAUUUAGUGCACCAUUUUGCAUAUUAGUAUUCUUCUUAUUGUAAGGUAAUUGUUAUACACAUAUAAAAUGUUAAAAUUUUACCUAACUAUAUAUUUGAUGAACAAGCGCCUUAAAUUUUGGAUAUCUCAAGAUUAAUACAACUCACAAAAUUAGCACUGCUAAUCAAUUUUUCUGUAACAUUUUAAUCUAACAGUAACAGCUAAUGUGUGCUUCCAAUAUUAUCUUAAAGCAGCAUAGAUAAAUAAUUAAAAUUUAGACAAAUUAUUCAAUCAUUUAGUUAGCAAAAUUUAUGGCAAAAACAAAAUAAAGCUAGUUGAUGCUCCUAUUACAAUAUUUAGUGAAUUUGUUCUUAUACCUGCAAUAUAUAUGUAGAUAAAAUUAUCCGCUGCUUUAUUCUCACAAUUUGUGAGGGUUGUUGGCCUUAUCAUAUAAUAACUAGUUUCUGUAUACACAUUUUCUUUUGUACAUAUGAUGGUAUCUACUAAUAAAUAAAUUUUAAAAUGAGGAA